AUGUAUCAAAAGUUUACAGUGAUCAGCUCGUACUUGGGUACGUGCUCUGACUACUGCAGCCUUGGACUCAUCUUCACUACACGUAUCGGAAGGAGACAGUUCUUUGAAGGAUGAUACCGAGCCAUCAGCAUACGGUAUGUCGAUCAUGGUGACCCCACGGUCUUCAGUGGACUGUGAACUCGACUCAUGCUCCUCCGGUAAGUCGGGCAGUUUAACAACUACGGUAGUUAUUCGUGGGAACACCAAGCCGUCCGGAUGAGCUUUCCGUAUACCACCUUUCAGUGGCUGCGACUCAAUGAGUGCCUUGUACUCGCUCAGCUCUUCGGGCAGAACAACGUCGUCCUCGUCAUCGCCGUCGCCCUCACCGUCCGAUUCAGAAACGGUUUCCUCGAGUUGGAUGACCGCUGCGAAUUCGGGCUCACUUUCUUGAUCGCCUUUCAAUGUACUGGAGCUCAUACUUCUCUCGGGGGUAUCUACAAGUUUUGCCCUAUAGUUGUCCAGCUCUUCGUAGAUGUGAUCCAGUUCCUCGUAGAAGUCGUCGGACGUCAUCGCAUGGGAGGUUCGAUGCAGUGGGCGGGGCAUUUGCUGAAAUAUUCACAAUCUACAUGGCAGUAA